GCCUGUGCUCGACAUCCGUCAAGUUGCCAAAGACAAAGACCUAGCAAGAAUAACCUUGGCGGCUGAGAGGCCUGCAAUACCUAAACCUGAUGUCCAGAGGGUGGUGAAGGGCGAGUGGAAGAUGGAGUCACAGUAUCACUUCUGCAUGGAGACACUGACUUGUCUGGUAGUACCUAAGGAUGGCGAUGAGUUAGAUGUCUACUGCUCAACACAAAGUUUGAUGCUAGUACAAGAGGCAAUCGCUCAGCUCCUCAACAUACCAGAGAACAAAAUCAACAUAAGUCUUCGUGCUCUCGGUGGAUCUUAUGGGUUUAAAUUAAGCAGAGGCAACCUUGUGGGCUGCGCAGUCAGUUUAGCGGCUCAUCUGCUCAACAGGCCGGUCCGCAUGAUUACAAAGCUAGAGACUCUUAUGGAGGCCACCGGCAAGCGGUAUCCCUGCUACUUCAGUUAUGAGGCAGGUGUCAACAAUGAAGGAAUUAUCCAGUAUGUAAACACCGACGUCUAUGAAGAUGAUGGUUCAGCUUUUAAUGAUCCUGUGGUAGCUUUCCGAACUUAUUCACAAUACCCAAAUAUUUAUGAAUUAACUACUUGGGGAACAAAAAUGCAGGAUGUGAAAACUGACAAAACCUGCAACAUUUGGGCUCGAUCACCAGGCAGUCUUGAGGCGAUUACAAUGAGUGAACACAUUGUUGAACAUAUUGCUCACGAGCUUAGAAUGGACCCCUUGUCUCUUAGGAUGAAAAAUGUUGAUCCACAAUAUGUAAAAUCUGUGGACAAGAUGGUUUCACUGGUCAAAGAGAAAUCAGACUUUGAAAACAGGAAAAUAUAUGUUGAAGACUUCAAUAAGAAAAAUGUAUGGAAGAAGAGAGGAAUAAGCUUAGUGCCUAUGAAAUUCUCCUUAGCCUCUUUAGGGACAUUCCAUGCUAUGGUCAGUAUCUACAGAAAUGAUGGCACAGUCGCUGUUACUCAUGCUGGUGUAGAGAUGGGGCAAGGAAUCAACACCAAGGCAGCUCAGGCAUGUGCAGCGGCGCUCAAGAUUCCAUUAGAUAAGGUCAGGGUUAAAGCAACAGACAACUUAACCUCUCCAAACGACACACCUACUGGGGGCAGCUUUACCAGUGAGGCAAUUGUGCUGUAGAGCGCUGCUGCGAAGAGCUGAAUGACAGAUUGAAUCCUCUGCGACUAAAAUUGGAGCCUCCAACUUGGGAGCUAUUGAUUCAAGCGGCCUAUUUAGCUCAAAU